GCUGUCGCAAACUAUCAAUUAUAAUUUAUUGCUUUUCUAACUAGCAUUGGACGGUUUUAACACGGAUCUUGUAGCUCUUGGGCUGUUUAUAAUACUAAGCCAUCGAAAUGUCGGAUCGAAAUCCCAAAUAUCGGCAGGAGAUCCAGCAGAUGAUGUUCGUCUCCGGAGAGACCGCAGAACCAUCAAUUGAGACGACAACUUUGAUCGAAGAGAUCGUGCGCCAACAAGUCAUUGAGAUUCUUAUACGAAGCACGGCCUUGGCCACCCGUCGUGGGGUCCGCUCAAUCUCCACAGAUGAUUUGAUCUUCUUAAUCCGCCAUGACAAAGCAAAGGUCUCACGUCUAAGGACAUUCCUUUCGUGGAAAGAUGUACGAAAGAACGUCAAAGAUUCAGACGACAAGGGCGGCGGCGAUGCAGCCGACUUCGCAGGUGCCGAUGACCCUCUUGCAGCUGGUGCUGUCGCUGGGCCGCAAGAUAUGGCAGCUAAACCCAAGAACAAGAGGGCUAAAGUCGGUCUUGUUUGGGAUGUGAACAGUUUCUACUCGGUGCAGGUUCCAGAAAGGGAUGAUGAAGAGGAUGAGGAAGAGGAGGAGCAAAACUAUGCGACGCUUCAACGGCUUGCGGCUGCGGACGAAAGAACCAAGCACAUGACGAAAGAGGAAUAUGUGUUUUGGUCUGAAUGUCGGCAAGCGUCAUUCACAUACCGCAAGAGCAAGCGUUUUCGUGAGUGGGCUGGAUUCGGUAUUGUGACCGAGUCUAAGCCCAAUGACGAUAUAGUCGACAUUCUUGGUUUCCUUACUUUUGAAAUAGUGCAAACCUUAACAGAAGAGGCGUUGAAGGUCAAAGAGCGGGAAGAUCAUGAGAAGAACCGACGCGGACCAACAGAUAACGGGGGCGAGAACCCGAAGAAGCGCAAGCGUGAAACUGGUCUUUUUGACCCCCCAGAAGAGGGCCGGAACCCAGUAGAGCCAAGGCAUAUACGCGAGGCAUACCGAAAGCUUCAGGCAACCCCUAACAGACAGGUUGCCAUGCUUCUUCACAAUGGACGUAUACCAUCGCGAUUUCCUUUGAGACUGAUUUAAUCAGUGUUCUAUAUUAUGUUACUUUUGGAUAAUUGGUUAUAUUGCUUCUCAAGGAGUUUGGAUUGGUCCUUUACUAGAUACCCAGGGCAAACGGAUGCAUUUCAGAUCGAUUUAUACUGAGGGUUUGGUUUAUUUCCCAAACUCUUGUACUAUAUAUGACUUUACACUAUAAUGCAAUAAUUACUCUGCAGGCUUGUUAAAUUGACUUCAACUAUGAAAACCAGG